ACACCCGCUCCCCGCUGCACCUGCUGCGGCGUUAUCUGCAUUCACGGCCUGGUGCGCGCAGAGUGCUCGCCAGGACUGCCAGCUUUGGAGGCGCAAGCUGGAUCUCGCUGAGCCUGUCUACGCCCGUCAGGAUCCGCGACUCGUCGACCAUGGCGGCCCCGCACGAGGAAGAGGAGAUCAGAGGGAGGACGCAGCAGGCGCCCCUGGCGUCGCAGAGGGCGAAAGAGCAGGGCCAGUCUCAGCAGGGAAGAGUCGCAAAAUGGUUCCCGCUGGGCGCAAAGGAGGGGUUCAAUCAAUGGUGGGCAGGCACCUCGCCCAUGGCCACGGAGCACCGCGUGCUCUCCUUCAUCCCGCACCUGCAGAAGCCGCCCACCCAGACGCAGUCCGGCUCUGCGCCCGUCUCUGCCGUGCCCUCCGCCGCUGACCUGACUGCCCCGCCGAGGACCUCUGAAGCCCACGAGACGACCUCAAUCCUGACUGAUCCGUACGGCCCGCGACAGUGGAACUCGGAGAUGGUCGCGCUGAGCGGCAAGGACCGCGCGCUGAACGAGUUCUCGGUGCAGCGCGUGGGCGAAGCGGCGGAACACCACCUCGUCAUGCUCCACGGAUACGGCGCGGGCUUGGGGUUCUUCUACCGCAACUACGAAGCCCUGUCACGUGCAGCGGGCUGGAAAGUCUACGCGCUGGAUCUGCUGGGCAUGGGCCGGAGUAGCCGCCCUGCGUUCAAGAUCCACGCAAAGGACAAGGAGGGCAAGAUCACCGAGGCCGAGAACUGGUUCAUCGAUGCGCUGGAAGAGUGGCGGAUAAAGCGCGGGCUGGAGCGCUUCACGCUGCUGGGACAUAGUCUGGGUGGCUAUCUGGCCGUCGCCUAUGCGCUCAAGUACCCGGGCCGCUUGAACAAGCUGAUUCUGGCGUCGCCGGUUGGAAUCCCCGAGGAUCCGUAUGCGGUCAACGAGGCCAUGCCUGAGCCGCAGGAGUCGACAAUGGGCAACGAGUUCACGCAAGAUGCGGCAGCCACCACCAAAGACAAUAACAAUUUCAUGAAACAGCGCGACGGCGCCAAGGCCAAGGCGGACGACCAAAAGGAGCCGCCACGAAGACGGUUGCCCGGAUGGGUUGCAUACGUCUGGGAAGCCAACGUCAUCUCGCCCUUCUCUCUCGUCCGCUGGAGCGGACCACUGGGCCCGCGUCUGGUCUCGGGCUGGACGACGCGGCGCUUCUCGCAUCUCCCGGAAGAGGAGGCACAGGCAUUGCACGAUUACAGCUACUCCAUCUUCCGGCAACGAGGCAGCUCCGAAUACGCGCUCGGAUACCUUCUAGCCCCCGGUGCUUUCGCACGGAACCCACUGAUCCGGCGGAUACAAGGCGUCGGACGCCAAUGGAUACAGCCUCACGACGGCGCCAUCGUUGACGGGGACGUUCGGCCCAAGCCAUCCUCAGCUUCGCAAGACGCAGCACCCCGUGCAGGCCAGCGCGAGAACGGCAUCCCCAUAGUCUUCAUGUACGGAGAAGUCGACUGGAUGGACGUAGCCGGCGGAUUUGCCUCGGAGGAGAAGAUCAAGCAAGAGCGGCUCCGCAUCCUGGAGAAGGCGACGGCCGAGGAGCGCCAGAAAGACAACGGCGAGGCAAAGGUGGUCAUCAUCAACAAGGCAGGCCACCACGUGUACUUGGAUGGCUGGGAGCAAUUCAACCGCGUUAUGCUCGAGGAGAUGGCCGACGUGAAGCGGAGAGAGGCGCGGCGGUAGCAUUGAUGCAGGAAGGCAUCUGGGUUGGCAAGGCGUUUGGGAUUUGGGCCGACUGGGUAGAUGGGCAUUUGGGCCCUUGUGCAUGGCAUUUUUGUAAAGCUGUAGCGUACAUGGAUCGUACAAGCGCGAGAACAGCAGCUUCCACAGGCAUCUUCACCUCCGCAUCCAUCCAGCGCGCUUUUGCACGUAGACGACGUGAAUGAUGGCCAUGAUGGCCCGGCCACAGGCACGGGCGUCAUCAGGGAACAUGUCUCGUUAGGACCGCGACGGCGCUGCCGACGCGUCGAGUGCCACGCAGGCAUGAGGCCAAAGAGACGGUGAAGCCAAGGGCCAAGUGCUUUCC